AAAAAAAAAAAAAGAAAGAAAAAAAAAGAGAAGUAUAGAGUCCUUCUACCAAGGAGAACUAUAAACGGUCAUUUGGAUCUACCACCAGUUUCAGUUUGUCCCCUUCAUAAUUCCGACCUCCAUCUUCCUCGCACACCGAAGUGCGAAACGCACCAGUGCGAAAUUCCGAAAACCCUCUGCUUGACCUUGUGCUUUGUGUUUGGACCCGAGAUCUUCGUCUCCAGAAAUUUGAAUUUGCAGAGAAUCCCUCGUCCCUCCUCCGAUUCUACUGGUUUUAGGGUUCACACAUCGGACAUCUCCCGAAGCUUGGAGUCGCAACCAUGACUGAGUAUUGGGUUAGCCAGGGCAAUAAAUGGUGUGAUAUUUGCAAAAUCUACAUAGCCAACAAUCCGUUGAGCAUUAGAACCCAUGAGCUUGGUCAGCGUCACAAGGAUAAUGUUACCAAGAGGCUUGCUUCCAUAAGGAAGGAGAAUGCUGCCAAGGAGAAGGAACAUAAGGAAGCAGCCCGUGCACUUCAACAAAUUGAAGCGAAAGCUAAGCGCAGCUAUCAGAAGGACUUGAAAACUUUUCAGGAUGCGGAGGAAUCAAAUGCUUAUGUAUUACAAGCUCAUGAAGCUGGUCCAGAUGCUGCUAAAUGUUUUGUGGCUUUCAGUGAUGGUAACAAUGAGUGGGAGUUUGAUAGUGCCUCGGGUUAUUACUAUAAUCAAGCCAACGGUUAUCACUAUGAUCCAAAUUCAGGCUUAUACUAUUCAAGUGCUUUAGGCAAGUGGAUUACACAGGAAGAGGCAUUCACCACAUCUCAAGUUUCCUCAGAACUGAAACAGAAAGAAUCUGUUUCAAUAAAACCAUCAACAUCUUCAGUUGCUUCACCUGUUGCAGAAGAUAAAGGUGCUAUGAAACAUCAAAGUGGGCCCCCACCUGGGUUGGUUGCUGCUGCAUAUCGAAACCCAAUGAGAUCUGUUAAAGGUGCUCCAUCAUCAAUCAUGGUGAAGAGAAAAAGAGGAAAUGAGAAGCCAAAGGUUAUUUCUAAAGAGGAAGCAGCUGCGCUUAAAGCAAGGGAGGCUGCAAAAAAGAGAAUGGAAGAUAGGGAGAAACCCCUGCUUGGCCUCUACAGGUCAUAUUGACCGUCGGGAAUGGAACUCUCACUCUCCAACCCUGGUUUAGAUAUUUAGAAUGAUCGGUGUCACUUUUGAGUGUUGCUGGGAUGGUCAUUGUUGUUCGCAAUGUUUUGAAGCGCAGAUGUAUAUUUUAGUCCAUGGAAUAUUCCAUGAUUAUUGGUGUCAUUUCCAGUCCAUUCCCCAAAAAGGUCGGGGAGCAGGUUUCUACAAGUUCGGAAGGAUUUCUGGCACAUACAGCACAAAGAUUGAUAAGUUAUCAUUCUGUUUCAAUGGUGUUUGGGAUCAAAGGGUUGAGAUAAACAGAGAAAAGAUUCCCAUCUGAAAAGUUUUUCUAUUUGAUAGAUUUUGGGUGAAUAAUCUAGAAAUCCACAACUACUGUGCCUUCUGUA